AGUACGUUUGGGUAGGUGCGACUCCACAAUUUCGUGUCCCAUGAAAUUGGCAUGGAAGAAGAAAAGAAGAAGCUUGGAAGAAAAUUUGAAUGGUUUCUCCGGAAAGAGUCUUGGAUCAAUCAAUGGAGCUACACUUCAAAGACGGCGCCUUCUCCAAGCUCAAGAACAAGAAGAGAUUUGUGUCCAUCGCCAUUAUAGCCGCCACAGCCGCGAUUCUUUGCGCGAUCCUGCCUGGGCCGCUGGGCGGCCUCAAAUACUACCCCGUGAAGCACCAGAUCGCUCCUCUUAAGAGCGUCCUGCCCAAGUGGCCAUCGCGCAACGAUAGCUUGCUCCAAUUCGCAAGCAUCGAGUUCCAGGAUCGCCUCUUCGGCCCCGAGAGCAUCGAGUUCGAUCCACAGGGGAAUGGGCCUUACACUGGGCUGGGCGAUGGCCGGAUCGUUCGCUGGAUGCCGGAUCGCGGAUGGGAAACGUUUGCCCUCUCAUCGAUCAACUGGAACAGGGAAGAAUGCGACAAUGGAGACGAUCCGCGACGGCGGGUGAGGAACGAGCACGUCUGUGGCAGGCCGCUGGGAUUGCGCUUCGAUCCUCGCUCGGGCGAUCUCUACAUUGCCGAUUCUUACUAUGGUUUGCUCGUUGUUGGCCCCAAGGGUGGGAUUGCGAGACCUCUGGUGAGCGAGGUGGAAGGGAUUCCUAUCAAGUUUGCCAACGAUCUCGAUGUUCAUCCCAAUGGAUCCGUCUACUUUACCGACACAAGCACGCGCUGGAAUCGCAGGUUACAUCACAUGGUGAUCGUUGAAGGAGAGAAUACAGGCCGUCUACUUCGGUAUGAUCCAAACACAGGCAACGCCGUGGUGGUUCUUCGCGGCCUAGCAUUUGCUAACGGAGUCCAGCUCGCAAGCGAUCAAUCUUUCCUCCUGGUAGUCGAGACAACCAAUUGCAGGGUUCUCAAGUUAUGGCUCAAAGGUAACUUAACUGGAACUCUCGAAGUUUUCGCUGAUCUUCCCGGCUAUCCUGACAACGUUCGUAUCAACGACAAGGGCCAGUUCUGGGUGGCCAUCGACUGCUGCCGAAACAGGAUCCAGGAGAUCAUGAGCUCCACUCCGUGGCUAAAGUCGCUCGUGUUCCGGGUGCCGGUUCCCUUGAGCUGGAUCAUGUACGUAGUCGGGGAGAAGAUGUACUCAGUUGCGGCGCUGUUUGACAAGCGGGGGCGGUUGCUCCGGCGGCUGGAAGACCGCGAGGCCCGGAUCGUGAAACUUAUAAGCGAAGUGUAUGAAAAAGAUGGGAAGAUCUGGUUUGGAACUGUCGUGCACGAUCAGAUUACCAGCUUCAUACUCCCAUGAUCACAUAAACUUAUUUAGAAGUUAAGUUCAAACACGGGUUGCAAAAUUUCCACCAGCAGAAAAA